UCAACAGUAAAUAAUAUGGAUGCUACCACCUGCUGGUUACAGUUGGCUCCAUUGUUCCUAUACCACUUCCUGGUACCUACCUCAUGUCAUUGGAUGCCACGGCAGUUUCCAUGUGACGUUACGGUCAAUACUACCAAUACCACGGAUGACAUCAUCUUUAAUUGUGAGGAGCGUCGACUGAAACAUGUACCUGUUGGCAUCACCUGGAAUGUGACCGUGCUGGACCUAUCAGAAAACAACAUCAGAAAUGUAUCUCUUGAUGCAUUUUCUAAUCUGGAGAACCUGACCCUUCUCAAUCUCAACUGUGUCAACAAAAAUGGUGACACACACUUCGCUGAAGGUGCCUUCAAGAAUCUGACAAACCUGCAGGACCUAAGGCUUAAUGGCAAUGGCCUCAUCAACAUUCCUCAAAUUCUCCCACUCAUUCUGGACACACUCAUGCUGGACAAUAACAAGAUCAAUUUCUCGAAUAUGAGCAAUCUUGUCGGUAUACAACAUGUGAAGGAGCUGUACUUAUCCAAAAAUUGCUAUUACUGGAAUCCCUGUGAGACUGACUUUACUAUUGGAUAUGGCACCUUCUCAGUAUUGACUAAGUUGAAGGUUUUGAUGUUGGCCUAUAAUAAUUUAACUCGUGUUCCAAAAGGACUGCCAAGCUCUAUACAAGAAUUACACCUCGAUUCGAACAAGAUACAGCAAAUUGCUGAGGAUGAUUUCCUUGGACUAACCCAUCUAACAAUCCUGGAAUUACAGGGAAACUGUCCACGAUGCUCCAAUGCUCCAUAUCCUUGUGUUCCCUGUCCUAAUGAUUCUCUGGAUAUUCAUCCUCAUGCAUUUCAUGGUCUUACACAGUUACAGACACUGCACCUAGCAGGCAACUCACUUCGUUUCAUCAAUAACUCCUGGUUUGAGAGCUUGAACAAUCUUACACAUCUGUUCCUGUCUUAUAAUUACUUAACCAAUACUAUCACCAGUGGAACCUUUUUUAGCUAUCUACCAAAGCUAGAAAAGAUUGAUUUGUCAUUUAAUUAUGAUUUGCUUGCCUACCCUGAAACCCUACAGCUUUCAACAAACUUUUCACAAUUGGUGUCUCUUACAACGUUACACAUAAUGGGUUUUGUUUUCAGGGAAAUUCAUUUAGAAACACUCAGACCGCUUUAUGAACUCAAGCGUCUUUCAGUGUUGAACAUCGGAACUAACUUUAUUGUUCGAUCUGAUUCCCACAUAUUCAACAAAUUCUCAAACUCAAGUCUCAAAGUCAUAUAUCUUGCGGAAAACAGGCUUUAUCCAAUUUCAGUGAAUGAGUCCCCAGGUUGUGGCACAGGCGGCAACUUAAAGUCGGUGUUGUACACGUCGCCACUGACUGGAUAUUAUUCCAAUUCAAGGGACUUUUCUUAUGGAAUAAAUCACAACCUUGUGAAGCCAGAAUGCUUUAUCUCUGGUCGAGUGCUGGUCCUUAGUUCAAAUAAUCUCUUUUUCAUUUCGCCAAAGCAAUUUGAGGGCUAUGGUGACAUUGCAUGUCUAAACUUGUCAAGAAAUGGAUUUUCAGCAGCACUGAACGGGACAGAGUUCACCUCAUUACCAAACCUAAAAUAUCUCGACCUGUCCUUUAACAAGAUUGACCUGGCCUAUGACAACGCCUUCAAGGAAUUAAAGAAACUCGAAAUAUUAGACCUAAGUUACAACAGCCACUAUUUUGAAGUGUCUGGUGUGACACAUAAUUUACAUUUUUUGAAAAAUCUACCGACUUUGAAAGUAUUGAAUAUGUCACACAAUAACAUUUUUACAUUAACCACUAAGCAGAUGACAAGCACAUCUUUAAAAGAGCUUCAAUUUCAACACAAUUUGUUGGCUACAUUAUGGAAAGAGGGGGAUGACUCAUACAACAGCCUUUUUAAAAAGCUGACGAAUUUGACCUAUCUGGAUAUUUCAUUUAACAGCAUUGAGAAGAUCCCAUCAAAAGUCUAUGAAAACAUACCAUAUACCCUCCAAAAACUAUGUAUUAGUCAUAAUUCACUCUGCCAUUUUGAUUGGGAUAAACUGGCAGGUUUUCAACAACUGAAUUUCCUGGAUCUAAGCUACAAUUCUUUAUUUCAUGUGUCAGCAAAUCUCUCAAACUUCACAGACACACUUCAGAUUCUUGACUUAAGCCACAAUCAGAUUUUUCAACUCUCUCGUGGAUUUCUUAGGGGUGCUCAAAGCCUUCAGAUACUUGACCUCAGCUACAACCAACUGACUAUCAUCAAUAAGACCACCUUCCUAUCGGGCCCUGAAAACUACAUGAAAACCUUGUCCUUGCAAGGUAAUCCAUUCCAGUGUACCUGUGAUUUACUAGAGUUCAUCCUGUGGAUAAAAGAUAACAAAAACGUGGAGAUCCCCAGACUGGCCAGUGAGGUGACCUGCAACAUGCCAGCCAAAAUGAGAGGCCAACCAAUGAUACUGUUUAACAUUAAAGAAUGCAACGAGGACAACAUAGCCUUCCUGAUUUACUCCCUCUCCACUUCCUUGAUCAUAUUCACUGUGGUCAUCACUAUGGCAGGGCAUGUGUUUUAUUGGGAUGCCUCCUAUAUUCUAUACUAUCUGAGGGCAAAGCUGAAGGGCUACCAUUCGUUGAAGUCAACAACAACAGGCAAUCUCUAUGAUGCCUUUGUUACCUACGACACCAGAGACCCAUUGGUGUCAGACUGGGUACUGAACCAACUGCGGGUGCAGCUGGAAGAGAGGGGGGAGAGACACCUGCCUCUCUGUCUGGAGGAACGAGACUGGGCCCCCGGGGUCCCCCUAAUAGACAACCUCUUCCAGAGCAUUCGACAGAGCCGCAAGACUGUCUUUGUGCUGACCGAGGCUUACAUCAGGACUGGGAACUUCAGGAUGGCUGUGUACCUGGCCCACCAGAGGUUGCUGGAUGAGAACAUAGAUGUGAUUGUGUUGGUUCUCCUGGAACCCGUGCUGCAGCACUCUCACUUCCUCCUUCUGCGGCGGCGUCUGUGUGGAAGGAGUGUUCUAGAGUGGCCCCAGUCUGCAGCCGCUGAGACCUGGUUCUGGCAGCACCUAAGGAACGCUGUCAGGUUAGACAACCAGGUGAUGUACAACAAGAUCUACUCCAGGAUCUUCACCAGCAAGAUGUCAUCAUUGAGACAAUCACCAGUACAACUCCGAUCCUCUGCAAGCAUGUCUGACAAGCCAGAUCUCGCUGAAGUCUCUAACUUCGACAAGACCAAGUUGAAGAAGACCGAGACACAAGAGAAAAACCCAUUGCCCACCAAAGAAACCAUCGAACAGGAGAAGCAAGCAACAGCAUGAAGCCCAAGCCUCUACUAUGCACUGUACAUUCCACAAGCAUUGCCUUUUUCACCUCGUACCUGUGUAACCCAAAACCUAAGUUGCAUUGUGAUUGGACAAAAGCAAUGACUGUACAGCCCCUCCCUAGAACUUUUAUUUUAUUUUUAUUUUUACAUCAAGUCUGAAAACAACUACUGACUGGCACUCUUUGACUAGGAGGAUGUGUUGCGUGUCUCUAAUCACUUCCAGCACCGUCACCUGUCCCUGCUGUGUCUCCUACUUCCAGCCACUUGUGGUUGUGAAGGGAAGUGCAAGGGUGUGAUGGAUCUGCCCAACCCGGGGACCCACUUCUGAUGUGUAAUUCAGCUUCUGGCAACAUGAAAUGCUUUCAAAUAAAGCAGUGUUCUGUUUUUCUUGUUCAAAUUCUUUUGUAUAAAUUCAAUUCUUGGAAUGCAGAAGUUUGUUUUGAUAUGCAAAUAAAGUUAUAACUCUU